GCUUCAACUUUGCUUCAACCUUGCUUCAACAGCAAGCUUUACAAUUCGUUGACAACGAACUAAGAGUUACUCAUUAUCAUGUAUCAUAUUUCUCAGGAAGGUGCGAGGAAUGUUUGCCGACUCCGUGUCCACCCAUAGAAGAAGACGCACCAGAUGACGCCUUCGUCUGCGACCAGGAGGGAUUUACCCAUUCUGUCUGUGAAUACCAAAUGCUCAGUUGCAUUGUUGAACGAAGUUUGGGAGUGAAUAUAACUAUCCAACAUGCUGGUCGAUGCUGUGAGCCCCCCGUGCCCUGCGACAUGGAACCAUCAUCGCCGCUGUGUGGAUCUGAUGGCAGAACCUACAGAAACAACUGUUCACUCAGUGUCGAAAACUGCCGAAAUAAAAAGCUCCAAGUACCCGAAGUCAAAGUGGCCUUUUCGAAACCGUGCGAGGAUGACUCUACAAGCGAUUUUUUUUCUCCGCCACCGCCCACUGACUGUCCUGUCGGAUGUGACAACAUCUAUGCACCCGUCUGUGGUUCAGACGAUAUCACCUACACAAAUCUUUGUCACAUGAAAGCUGCUAACUUGCUGCUCUAUGGAUUAGAGCGAUGCAUUGUGGAAAGGGUCACCGGGAAGAACAUAACUAUUGACAAAUUUGAUGUUUGUGAAGACAGCACAUGCGACAAGGACUGCCCAAAAACUUACAAGCCUAUCUGCGCUUCUAACGGAGAAACGGUCGUGAAUGAGUGUUAUCUUGACAAGCUAAACUGUUUUCUUGCAAAGAAGAUCACAUCUACGCCCAUUACAAAAUUAUUUGACGGUGAAUGUUGUGCAAAUGAAAACUGUGGCUAUGAAUUCUCUCCUGUAUGCGACUCUCUGGGCGAAACGCACGCGAACGAAUGCGUGUUUCGGAAAAAUGCUUGUUUACAAAAGAAGAAGAAUGGCAUCGAACUCACUAUACAGUACAGGGUUUUCAAAUGUUUUGGUCUUUCUGUAUUAUUUAUAAGGCCUCGAGCAAAGUUCACGCGUUUUCUUCGUUGCGAUUAUUGCGAGAAUACAGGUGUUAUGAGUUCAUUGCACGCCGAUCUUCUUGUAUUUCGGUUGUGA